GUAUAUAAAGUUAAAGGUUCCGGACAGUGCCCUUUGUGCUAAUGGCUAUGGGAUGCCCCUAGGAAGCGGCUGCAUUUGGCAGAGGGGCAGGUCGGUGCCUAUGGGCAGAGCAGAGGGCAGGAGAGUCGCGGCUGCUUAUCGCACAGACGCAGCUACAAUCGCCCGACCCGCUGUGGCAGCAGCAGCGCAGAGACUGAGUGCCCGCACCGGGAGGUGGAUAAGGUAAGAGGGUGGAGGGAUGCACAGAGCCCUCCUUCCCCAGCUGAUCUCAGGCAGGGGGGUGUGCCGGGCAGUACUGGCAGCCUGUGUGUGCCGCUCCGGCCGGGACAGUCGCACAUGCAGCAGCCCGGGGUGGGCACGAUGUGGCCCCAAUGUAUAACAGCAUGGCACCCAGACUGAGCCCCCGCAGGGCACGGAAAUACCUCUUCGUCUGCACCCUGUGCCUGUCCUGCACCCUGCUCUGCUACAACCUCAUCCUCCGCAGCCAUUCCAGCAUGCACAGCCGGGACCAGUCCAGCAUGAACAGCCGGGACCAGUCCAGCAUGCAGCAAGGCUAUGAGCAGCUCAGCUGCCCCCUGCCCCAUUUAAUAGGGAGCAAGAAACUGCUGCAGAAAAUCCCUCCGUGCCCCCACUCUGCCACCACUGCCCCUCCAAGCAGCGCCCCUCUUACCCACACAGUAUCGGACAUACAGGGCAAGAACCAAACGGAACCGACCCAAGUAACAAGGGCCCCAUCCAAACCCACAGAGCAGCCAACGUCUCCCCCCUGGAACUGCACUGCUACCCCCAGAUACGGACAGAAGAGGCUCCCCCAGGCUAUUAUUGUGGGGGUGAAAAAGGGGGGAACAAGGGCUGUGCUGGAAUUUAUCAGGGUGCACCCCCAAGUGCGGGCCAUGGGAACUGAACCACAUUUUUUCGAUAGAAACUACGAAAGGGGUCUGGACUGGUACAGAAACUUGAUGCCUCGAUCUCUGGACCAACAAAUAACAGUGGAAAAAACUCCCAGCUACUUUGUGACUCGGGAUGCCCCUAGGAGGAUCGCACACAUGUCCCCCCGAGUCAAGUUGAUUGUGGUUGUCCGGAAUCCAGUUACCCGUGCAAUUUCAGACUACACCCAAACCUUGUCCAAAAAACCUGACAUUCCUAGCUUCAAUGAACUGGCCUUCCGCAACAGGACCAGUGGGGAGGUAGACACUGCCUGGAAUGCCAUUCGGAUUGGACUCUAUGCUUUGCACUUACAACCUUGGCUUAGCCAUUUCCCCAUAUCCCAGAUGCACUUUGUCAGUGGAGAGCGCCUCAUCACCGACCCUGCUGGCGAAAUGGCACGAGUCCAAGACUUCCUUGGCCUAAAACGUCUGGUCACUGACAAACACUUCUACUUCAACAGAACCAAGGGAUUUCCCUGUCUCAAAAAGCCUGGAGGUGGCGGAGCACCUCGUUGCUUGGGCAAAUCGAAAGGUCGAACUCACGUACAGAUUAACCCAGAGGAUAUAGAACAACUGAGAGACUUUUACAGACCACACAAUAUAAAGUUCUAUGAGACUGUUGGGCAGGACUUUCACUGGGAAUAGGAAAAAAUAGUGGAAUGUAUUUGAUAGCACAAAUUCUGGUUGGGAAGGAGUAAGAAUGCUGAUGGGCAAAAGGAACAGGGGAGAGCUAGAAAAGGGAAUGCUGAGUGAGAUUAAGAAGCUAGAAACAAAAGGGCAUUUUUUCUAAUGAAUGGGUUCUCAGAUGGAAUGCCAUAUAGCUUGGCCAAUGAGGAGUCCUUUAAAGCAGGAAAAGAAAAUAGGAAAUUGGGAAUUAGAUUGUAUUCAGUCACGGUUGCUGACUGGACUGAGUGGAGAUGAUAAAAUAGCUAAAACACUGAAAAUACCACGUUUAGAGUUCUACCCAUAAGAACAAAUCAUCUAUUGGCCAUGAUGGUGGUAUAUGUCAACCUGUUCCUGAACUACAAACCCCAGAGGCUGUUGUGGGAUACUGGCAGUUUAGUUUGGCAACAGAUGCAGAGCAACAGGUUGCCAAUACCUGGUCUAGUCUCCAGCUUAGCCAAAGCUAUUUGGUUACUAAUGGUUACACACCGGUGCAAUGCUAGUAAAGGGCCUUACAAAGUCGUCAUUCAUGAAUCAUCUUAUAAAUGUUUUCUACAGCUCACCUAUACAAUACUGUAGGCAGUACACACAGUGUUACUUUACUAUUCAUUAUUUAUAAGGAUAACACGUAGAGAUCCAAGGCCAACAUUUUAAAGGGGGCAUAAACCUUCCAUGGCAGUGAUGCUCCAUCCCUGUGUUGCCUAGCUACAGCUUCCAGCAUUGUCCAUCAUAUUAUCAGGGGCUAAAGCAGCAAUUGCUGCUCUAUGAACUUUGCCUAAAUGACUGUUACAGACUUCAUAUAUUGUAACCUUGUAAUGAGCAAAGAGGGAGCCAUCAGCAGCUUCCAAGAGGAGCUUGAACGUGUAAGUUCUUCAACCACUUGGUUAAAACAUGGUGGACGCUAGUCAAGCAGUCAUAGAGGUGGAUUCCUAAAGCAGCGAUGCAUAAUAUAAAUGUUUCCAGAGUCAGUGGCCCAGAUGAUGCAAGAGGAUCCUCCAAUGAGAGUCUUGGCUGCUCUACUGAUACUUGACUCUCUCCUCUCAUACAAUCAUUCCCAUAGGCAUUAGGCAAUAGUUUUUCUAGCACAGAUCACCCAAACAGCAUUAUAUCUGCCCUGCUACAAUGUAAUCUUAAUAUGUUACUUAAGAAAUGACUGAUAGUGCUAGUAAGGAUGGUUCCAACUAAAGAACCCUCUUAAGGUGAAGACACACAGAGCUACUUAGUAGCAGUUACUUGUCAUGGCUACAAAAAUAGACAAU